CUAAUAAAUCAGAAGAAAGUAACAAGACUCGACCAACAGAGCUGCAGUGGGAGGAGGAGGAGGAGAGGCUUGAUGUCAUUUCACAGAAGUGAAAGUGAAAGUUUGUCAGUGAGUAAGCUGCAUCGAGGUCGAGACGUGUCUUUAUCUCUGAAACUGAUUUAAUCAAUUGUUGUCGACAACACAGCAGAGCAUCUCCAAACACGGUGAGUACAGCUGAUCAUACUUACACUCCUAACAACCAGGAUCAACACUGAACCACAGCUCUGUGUUUGACUCUUUUUUUCACAGUCAUGGUUAUGAAACAGUCAAACUGUGGCUUUCGGUUCGCAUGUCACGAUCCUGUACAGGGUCACUUCUUAGGACCUAAAAUACCUGUUAGUCUUAAUGAUACAGAAUUUUGUCCUCUUCCACUUUUCUGAUAUUGGUGUAACCUGAUCUCUCUCUAUUUUACUUUCACUCAUCGAACACUUUUGCUCAGAGGGACAUACAUGUAGGAGCAAGUUAGGGUCAAACUAGCUGGAACCGGUUCCAAGAGUCUCUCCAUUACACUACAAGGUUUAUUUGAAGUGACAAAAGAGGUCAUAAGUCGUCUUCUCUUUCUCACUCUGUGUGUAGGUAUGGCUACUGCAAACUACUCACGACAGGAGGAUCAGUUUCUGUGUCCCAUCUGUCUGGAUGUGUUCACUGAUCCUGUCAGCACACCCUGCGGACACAACUUCUGCAAAAACUGUAUCACUAAACUCUGGAAUACAAACAAAAGUGCCUCGUGUCCCAUGUGUAAAGAAGUUUUUACCACAAGACCUGAUCUGAAGGUCAACACUUUCAUCUCUGAAAUGGUGGCUCAGUUCAGAGACGAAGCUCAGCAGCAAGCCAGCAGCAGCUCAGAGGCAGGAGAAGUCCUCUGUGAUAUCUGCACUGAAACCAGGCAGAAGGCCCAGAAGUCCUGCUUAGACUGUCUGGCCUCCUACUGUCAGACUCACCUGGAGCCUCACCUGACAGCGCCACGAUUGAAAAGACAUGAGCUGAUAGACCCUGUGGAGGACCUGGAGGACAGGAUAUGUCUGAAUCACAAUAAACCUCUGGAGCUGUUCUGUAAAACCGACCAGACCUGUGUCUGCAUGCUGUGCUCUGUUUUAGACCACAAGACACACGAAUUUGUUCCUCUGAAAACAGAAUAUGAAGAAAAGAAGGCCGAGCUGGGGAAGACAGAGGCUGAAAUAAGGCAGAUGAUCCAAAAGAGACGAGAGAAGAUCCAGGAGAUCAAACACUCAGUGGACCUCAGUGGAAAAAACGCAGACAGAAAGAUGGCAGAAGGUGUUCAAGUCUUCAGCGCUCUGAAGAAGUCUGUUGAGGUUGGCCAAGCUGAGCUCAUGAACUCCAUCCAAGAGAAGCAGAAAACAACAGAGAAACAGGCCCAAGACUUCAUCAAGGAGCUGGAGGGAGAAAUCUCUGAGCUAACGGUGAGGAGAUCUGAGCUGGAGCAGCUCUCACACUCUAAAGACCACCUCCAUUUUCUCCAGAUAGUCCAGUCCAUGAACAUCAACCACCUACCAUCAACAAAAGACUGGACAGGAAUUAAUGUCCAUCCACCUUCAUUUGAGGAUUCUGUGAUCAGAGCAGUGGCUCAGCUGGAGGAGACUCUCAGUGCAGACAUGAAGAAGCUGUUGGUUCAAGCUGAGCUGAAGAGAAUCCGGAAGUAUAAAGUGGAUGUGACUCUGGAACCUGAUACAGCAAAUCCCUGGCUCAACCUGUCUGAUGAUGGAAAACAAGUUUAUCUCAGCAAGGCAAAUAGGAAUCUUCCAGACAACCCAGAGAGGUUUUCUGGUUGUAUUUCUGUUUUAGGAAAGCAGAGUUUCUCUUCAGGUAGAUUUUACUAUGAGGUUCAAGUUAAAGGAAAGACAGGCUGGGAUUUAGGAGUGGCCAGCAAGUCAAUCAACAGGAAAGGAAAAAUAAAACUGAGUCCUGACAAUGGUUACUGGACCAUAUGGUUGAGAGAUGGUCACGAGUAUAAAGCUCUUGCUUGGCCUUCAGUCAGUCUCUCCCUGAAGUCUCAGCCUGAGAAGGUGGGGGUGUUUGUGGAUUAUGAGGAGGGUCUGGUCGUAUUUUAUGAUGUAAAUACUCCAGCUCUGAUUUACUCCUUUACUGGCAGCUCCUUCACUGAGGAGCUCUACCCAUACUUUAACCCUGGUCUGAACGACGGUGAAAACUCUGCACCUCUAAUCAUUACUCCCGUCAGUAUAAAAUAACUUGUCUUGAGUGAUUUGAUGAGGUUACCUCAACAGGUGCGUUACUAUCAACAACAAUAUAUUUCUAGUAGGGGUGGAAGAAAAAAAUCAAUUCACAUAAGUAUCACAAUUUUUUGUUUUACAAUUUUUAAAUCACUCAAUUUUUUUGGGAAAUAUGGUUCCUGGAAUAGUCAGUAGACAAUCAUAAUCCUUCAACUGUUUCACUGCUGUUAAAAAUGCAGACUAAAUAUUUGAAAAUUGACAAUAUCGUAGAAUUGCAAUCUAAAUCUAAUUGGCAUCCAAAAAAUCGUAGAACAAUCGAAUCAGGAGAAAAGCAUAUUUUCCCAGCCCUUAUUUCUAGUACCUGUUUCCAACUCUUUGAAACCGUCAUGUGUUGGUUCUAAAAAGCCAAACGUUUUGGCUUUUUAUUGCCAAAAGGUUUUAUUGCCCACUUCUGGCCCGUCUUCAUUAGCCUUAAAAUGUAAACAUGAAUGAUGUUUACAGGGGUAUACAUAGGUAUUUUUGAGGAAAAGUGGGCAACCAGCAUUUUUUGAAAGUUCAAGGUGUCCCAAACUGGUUUAGACUCAUAGUCAGGGCACCCUCAGUGUUUAAUAAUAUCAAUACAUUUUAUUUGUAAAGCGCUUUUCUAGAACUCAAAGAUGCUGUACAUGAGUAAAAGCAAGAGCAAAUCUAAUAAAAUCUAAUCUAAUCAAAUCUAAUAUUGUGUUUGAUGUCAUUUUAAAGGGAACAUUUGUAGCUUUCAUUCAAAUCCAAUUAUGAACCUUUAUGAAAUACCUACAGGGUCACAUGAUUCUGAAAAUACAGCCCAGUCUAAGAUGCCUGUGAGGAGCUAGUGACCCUUGGCUACACAACUGGAUGCAGGACAGCCUAAUGCGGCUGUAAGCCAAACCCAUGCACUGCAUCUUGUCAGUGCCAAAAGUCAAGUGACCUUCGCGUGAAAAUGUAACGCACUGAAGGGAAAAAGAAUAUGAUCACAAAGAACUGUAAUGCUUUUUUGAUUCAAUCAUUACUAUUCAUACUUGUAAUUAGUUGCUAUGUUCAGUGAAUUUUACUGAUUGAUUGAAAGGAAAAAUGUCUA